AUGGCUGUAGAGUCAUCAGUGGGUACGACGGAAGCUUUUCGGAUGAUGUGGAGAAGCAUUUGGGAUCGUGAACUUACGUAUAUGACACAAGUGAAUCAUGUCACUCUGGCUGAUGCUAUUCGUCACUGCUCGACAGUAGAUGCGUUCGCUAGUAUGGUGCUGCUACCUAAAGCAAAGGAACACGAACAUCAUUUACCGGGAUUUUAUGCUGUGAUGAAGGUAAUUCACUCAUUGUUCGCUGACGUAUCGGACAUCAUAUUAGCUUUUGCACACGUUAGGGGUCGCGCGGGAAGUGGCGCACUAUCUCACGUUAUCGUCCCCACCAGAAUGGGUAUAUCGUCAACCAAACGCAUUUUACAGUCCUAUUUAAGCGACAUGAUUAUGAAGUCUCUUGGCGCACGACACGUAAUGGCUUCCCCAUCAGUGGACAAGGCUCCUGCAUUGAGAAGAGUAUCUCCGCUAAAACUUCUCUUUUAUCUGUACAUAUUUUUCUCGCCUGUGACCGACCAACAGCAGGACGACAGCUGCUUUAGGUAUUGGGAUGCUCUGAUGACUCAGAUUAACAAUGAUUACUUAGCAGAGGAGUCUGCCCAGAAUGGGAUCGCCUGGUGUCGAUUUCUCGAAAAGUGUGUUAUUGGUGUCGAUACCGAGACAUUAAUGACUAUGCGUUACGAUGACAAUUUCUUGCGAGCAUUUCAAAGGUAUUGUCAUGCUAUCAUGUAUGGAAUCGUUGUGACUGGCGGUGAAGUAAUAUCAAGCGGUGGUAAAAUCCGGCGGCUUAUACGUAAGGAAAGUGAUCGCUUAACAGUUCGCCAAGUACUCGUGCAGAUGAUGACCACUUUUGGAGAAGACUGGAUAACCGGAUUCAUUGCUCAAUUGCUUCGAGGGAAUGCAAGCUUGCAUUCCACGCGCGAAUUUAAUCCGCGAGGUGUAAAGACCCUGUUUUUCCCAGCGUUGGUUUUAUGCAUGAAAUCACGCAACAGAGCUAACCUGACAAAGCGAAAGACAGUGCAGCAGCAAUUUACUGCUAUUGUACAUUCUGUCAACGCCAUAUUGAAUGAAAGCAAUCCAACGCCACUGUAUCUUGUUUCCUUGAUACGAUUUUGUGAGGCAUGGGAUACAUACCAAAGCUCACAUACAAAGGAAGCACCCACGAUAUCAAACAGAUGGGGCUUAUGCGCGAUGACUGAGUUGGACGUUUUGCCGGAACUUCUUGAAUGUUAUAGCAUGGAUGAAGUGAUACAGCAAGAAACGAGUGAAGCGCUUAUGUUUGUAGCGGAGGUGCUACAAAAUACACCAAGCUGUCCAAAGACAUUGGAGACAAGUCUUUUCAAAGUUCUAUCUGCUGUCAAGGCAAGUGCUGAACAAGGCAAAUCUAUGACGUCGAGUGUGCCUGUAGUCAUUGACCAAGCGCUUGUAUCACAUUCCAGCGAUGUGCUUAAACGUCUCCUUCGCGCAGUAAGGUCAGCUGGUGUAACGCAGACUCGUCAGCUGAUGAGUCAAAUCAAAGAUUCCGUUGGGAUGCGAGGGGAGUUGAGACAACAAUUAGAGCAAUGGUUUUCUUUUGUCGAGAUGAAUGGCACAGCCUUUGCUGGCAAAGAAUCGCGGCUGGAGCUAUCAUUGUUGUGUACUAGGCUUAUCCGAUGGUUUCCAAACGAGUUCGAAAACAUGCAAUUUCUGCUCAUGACUCCGCUCGACUCUCACUUAGUGUUCGCUUUGGAAGCUUUUGUGAAAGAAGCCGGGAGACCGAACAACAUGGCGCGUCAGUCUGUGUUAAAUUCCACACGAAGAUCUGCGUUGCAAUCAGCUGUACGAGUUGAAAUGGCAUUGCAUUCGUAUUUUUCGGCGGCAGCGUUUCCUGAUCUCGAAACACUCACAGUCUUGUUGGCAAAAGCGAUCGUUAAAUGUCGUUUGUCCGAUGCAUUUGACCACCUGACGAAGGUUGCCACAAAGAAUGGCCGUGUGCUACUGCCUGAAACCGCAGUGACAACAUUAAGCUCCCCACUUCGGGGAUUAGAAUUUUCGUGUUCUGCUCUUAGUCAACAAGAUGAAGACGGCGAUGACGACGGACAAUUCAAAAGCCAUGCCCGACAUGCUAAAUCAAUUAUUUACCAAGAGAAUACGCUGAAGCUUCUGGCAGUGUCUCCAUCUAUCUUUGCUGGAGGACUGUCAUGGUCGACGAUACUAUUUGGUGAGCGAUCUGCUGUCGUUUGGCUCCCUCAUUUGUUCGAGUACGUGUUGAAGACCGACUUUUGUGAAGGGAUUCUUAGAGCUGACAUGCUAUUCAGAUGCCUGGAUGCUUUAAUACGGAAAGCCGAAUUUGGUAAGGAAGCGCUUAGGGAGGCUUAUUGGUUGGCCGCACUACUAAACACAUCUCUGAUUGCGUGUACAAGUCGAAGCGCUGGUGCGUGUGCGGUUUCGGAAGAAGGUAUACCCAACAGACUGCGCCAAAUGGUUGAAAAUGUGCUGCAGCUACUAUCGUUUCCUUCCGACACCACUACGACACAAGUGACGUAUAACAAGGAUAAUGCCCCCGAUCAACUUGUUGGGAUACUGAGUCUGCGGAACUCGUCGAGGUUUGCAAAAUUGGUCAUCAAGGAAGAUAGCGCAAGCUGGUCCGGUGAGCGUUUCGUCGGCGAAAAGGCUGGUAGCGCGUUGCAAAUGAUUGUGUCAGCGACUUGGAAUGCUGGAACGAAAACAUCACAAGCCACGGUAAUGCAGCCUUCAAUGCAGCUCUUUAUGCCCUUUUCGCACUGGUUGUCGGGAGCCCUCGUAUAUUCGCAGUCGUUUUUGGAGGAGCUUUCUGCAUCGAUGCGACGUUGGGAGCGCACGUUCACGUGCUAUGUGACCGAUCUGUACUUGCACCUUGAAUUCGAAGACGUCACUUACGAUCUGCUGCGAGCGUGGCUUACUACUUGGAUCACUUCCAACAUUGCUCGAGGGCAGGAGGAGAUACAGCUCCUUGCACUACUGCCAUCACAAGUGGCUUUAUUCCGUCGCCUCAGCUUAACUCCGUAUCGCGGUUCAUCUUGUGGACAGAUUCGAGUCUCAACAUCAGUUUGGCAACUGGUUUUUGCCGCUGUCCUCCUCGCUGUCGACAUACCUGGAAACUCAGUGGCCAUCGAGCAAGCUAUAGAGCUCGUCGUUAGUACAAUGACGACCUUGGAACUCGUCGAACUAUCUUCAUCCUCCGAUUUCGUGCCUUUCAACCACGUGCAGGAUAUUGAACCGUUUUUUCUGGAGCUAGAAACUUUCCUGUCGCGACCCCAGCUUCGUUUCUGCAGUGUUGCUCAAGUGUGUAGUUUGCUGCAGUUCCCUCUAGAACUUUUGGUGUGCUGCUAUGCUUGCAAGAUCCCAGUCGACUUGAUUGAAGAAUCACAGCUAUUUCUCCAGCGUGUUGAGUGCGUGCUUAGAGCAAACUUUAGCGUUAGUAACGUUGAUGAGGUCCGUGAUGACACAAAAGAGUCUACACUGCAAGAACCGUCACGUGCAACGAACCAAAGCAGUAUCGAAAAUACUUCAUGUCACCCACUGCUCGCCGUGGAUUCAAUGGAGAUAGAAGCAUUUUUCCAGUACUGGAAGGAUGAAAUGUUUCUCAAGUACGAUUACAUGGAUCGAGAGAGGUGUGCAGCUAUUCUAAAGGUUAUUCAAGCAGCAAUGGUGCACCGUAUACCAAGUAGCACCUAA